GUCCCCUCUCUCUCUCUCUCUCUCUCUCUCUCUCUCUCUCUCUCUCUCUCUCUUGUCAAAUUUCUGUUACGCAUCUGCAACAGCGUAUCUCAGGACACUAUUCUGUUCUUUCUCUGGUCUGAAAGAGGAUCUAGUUUUUUUUAUGAAAAUUAUAAAAUAGUGACAUUUCCUUCCAAUCUGUUUCAUCUUUAUAAUGAGAAACAAAUCGUAGAUUCAAAAUCCGACGUCGACCCACUUCUCAUCUCCUCCAGUUUCCAUUUGGGCAUCGAUUAAUUUUCCCAUUCAUUUGUAAUUUCCCCGUCAGAUCAUGGCUCCGAGUACAGUGGUAGUGACAAUGGAGAAGCCAGAGAACUUCUCACUGCUAGAGAUCAACGGCUCAGAUUCAUCCUUGUUCCCCGACAAGCGAAAAUCCAUCAGCCCAAAACAGUUCUCUUGGUUUCUCCUUCUCAAAGCCCACAGAGUUGUGUCAUGUCUCUCGUGGCUAUUUGGUUCUGUCAAGAGACGCAUCGCCUUAUCCGACAGUAACAACCUAAACGAAGAAGAAGAUCCGAAAAGCAGAGGGAAACAGAUGUACAGAUUCAUAAAGGUCUGUCUGGUUAUUUCCAUUGUAGCCCUUGCCAUGGAAGUAAUCGCUCAUUACAAGAAAUGGAACUUGGAUCUCGUAAACAGACCAUCCUGGGAGGUUCGUGGACUGGUGGAGUGGUCUUACAUGGCCUGGCUUUCGUUCCGGGCAGAUUACAUAGCUCCUGUCCUGAUCAGUCUCUCCAAGUUCUGUACUGUUCUGUUCUUGAUCCAGUCCCUUGAUCGGUUGGUUCUUUGCCUCGGUUGCUUUUGGAUCAAGUAUAAGAAGAUCAAACCCAGAAUCGACGAUGACGCUCUUGAUGUAGAAGACGCUUCGAAUUUCCCAAUGGUUCUUGUUCAGAUUCCCAUGUGCAAUGAACGUGAGGUGUAUGAACAAUCCAUUGUAGCAGCUUCGCAGCUCGAAUGGCCCAAGGAAAGGAUCUUGAUCCAAGUUCUUGACGAUUCGGAUGAUCCAAACCUGCAGCUUCUGAUCAAAGAGGAAGUCUCGGCGUGGCAAGAAAAGGGCAUGAACAUAAUCUACAGACAUCGUUUGAUCAGGACAGGUUACAAAGCCGGGAAUCUCAAGUCAGCUAUGAGCUGCGAUUACGUCAGAGACUACGAGUUCGUGGCCAUCUUCGAUGCGGAUUUUCAGCCUAACCCUGAUUUCCUCAAGCUAACAAUCCCUCAUUUCAAGGGGAAUCCUGAAGUGGGUUUGGUCCAAGCACGGUGGUCAUUCGUGAACAAGGACGAGAACCUUCUCACGAGGCUCCAAAACAUAAACCUGUGUUUCCACUUCGAGGUAGAACAGCAAGUGAACGGUCUGUUCCUUAACUUCUUCGGUUUCAACGGAACCGCCGGAGUUUGGAGGAUCAAAGCCCUCGAAGAUUCCGGCGGCUGGAUGGAGAGGACGACCGUCGAAGACAUGGAUAUAGCCGUUAGGGCUCAUCUCCACGGCUGGAAAUUCGUCUUCCUUAACGACGUUAGGGUUUCCUGCGAGUUGCCCGAGUCUUACGAGACUUACAAGAAGCAGCAGCACAGGUGGCAUUCCGGUCCUAUGCAGCUUUUCAGGCUCUGCCUUCCCUCCAUCAUAACUUCCAAGAUAUCGGUGUGGAAGAAGACGAAUCUGAUAUUCCUGUUCUUCCUUCUCAGAAAGCUGAUAUUGCCAUUCUACUCAUUCACACUCUUCUGCGUCAUACUUCCAUUGACCAUGUUCAUACCGGAAGCCGAGCUUCCCUUGUGGGUCAUCUGCUAUGUCCCCAUUUUCAUGUCCCUCCUCAACAUCCUCCCCUCGCCGAAAUCGUUCCCGUUCUUAGUCCCUUACCUCCUCUUCGAGAACACGAUGUCCAUCACCAAGUUCAACGCCAUGAUCUCUGGCCUCUUCCAGCUCGGUUCAGCCUACGAGUGGGUCGUGACCAAAAAGACGGGAAGAUCCUCAGAAUCCGAUCUCUUGGCCUUUGCUGAGAAAGAGGAGAAGCUGCGCAGGAGGCACUCCGAGUCAGGUCUGGAGCUUCUGAGCAAACUUAAGGAACAAGAAACGGAACUUGCGGGGCAAGAAACCUCGAAAAGCGUGGGAUUAGGUCCGAAGCAGAUGAUGAAGAAGAGGAAGAAGAACAGGCUGUACAAGAAGGAACUGGGACUGGCGUUUCUGCUACUGACAGCAGCGGCGAGGAGCUUCUUGUCGGCUCAUGGACUUCACUUCUACUUCCUCCUGUUUCAGGGACUGUCUUUCCUGGUCGUGGGAUUGGAUUUGAUCGGCGAGCAGAUCAGCUAGAAGAAAAGAUUUUAUUCAUCAUGUAUCCUAUUUAUUUUUUAAUUGAUUUUUUUUUCACGGAUUCGUAAGAGAACUGAUUUUUUUUUUUUAAACAAAAAAAAAAAGCUUGAUACUGGAAUGUAUUUGUUGAUUUAGAAGAGAAAGGAAGAGGGGAAAAGCUGGUGAGCUCAAUUUGUAUACUUGUAAAAGUACAUAUGUACAAUGUUGUUUUUAGAUAACAAUAAUUAUACCA